CAGACAAUGCAGGGGGAACAAAGUCCAUCCGUGUCCCUCAUUGACAGAACCAUCAAGAUGAGGAAAGAAACAGAAGCAAGGAAAGUGCUUUUGGCCUGGGGAUUUCUAAACUUGUCACUUGCUGGCAUGGUUUACACUGAAAUGUCUGGAAAACUAAUAAGUUCCUAUUACAACAUUUCUUGCUGGAUACUGUGGUAUAUUGAACUUGCAUUUGCAUCUUUGUUCAGCCUCAAUGCCUUAUUUGAUUUCUGGAGAUACUUUAAAUAUACCAUGGCUCCCACCAGCUUGGUUAUGAGUCCUGGACAACAGACGCUCCUGGGAUUGCAAAAUGCAGUUGUCCAGACUACUCCACCACGUGAGUUGGUGCCCAAGAAAACUCCCCCUUCGACCCCUUCGCCUCCCAUCCAGGGGCAGAGUGUCCUGAGCUACAGUCCUUCCCGCUCCCCCAGCGCCAGCCCUAAAUUUGCAGCCGGCUGCAUCUCUGGCUACAGCCCUCAGCUUCAAGCCCUCUCGGGCAGCAGUGGGUCCUACAGCACUGCUGUGAGUUACUCUCCAGGCAGCAACUACAGUAAGGGGCCUCCGUUCAGUCCUUCUCCAGGUCCCUUGAUGUACCCGACUAGCAUUGGGCAAAUGGAGAGUAGUGGAAUGAGAUCCAGAUAUCGCUCCUCCCCGACCGUGUACAGCUCUCCCACGGGAAAGGCAGACUAUAUGAUGGAUUUGAAGUCCCUUGAUAGCUUCCUUCGAAAUGAGGAGGAGAAACAGCACAGAGUCCAGCUGGGCAGUUCAGAUUCCAGCUCUCCUUCUAACAGUCCGACGUUUUGGAACUACAGUCGCUCCAUGGCAGACUACGCACAGAUGCUUAGGAAAUUCCAGUACCAGCCCGCCUGCCGGUCCCAAGCCCCAUCAGCUCACAAAGAUGAAGCUGAUUUGAGUUCCAAGCAGGCUGCAGAAGAGGUCUGGGCACGAGUGUCAACAAGCAGACAGCUACUUGAUCACAUGGAUUCUUGGACUGCUAAAUUCAGAAAUUGGAUCAAUGAGACCAUUUUGGUGCCUCUUGUUCAGGAGAUGGAAUCUGUGAGCACUCAGCUGCGGAGAAUGGGGUGUCCAGAGCUGCAGAUUGGAGAGGCGAGCCUCAGCAGUCUGAAGCAAGCAGCUUUGGUAAAAGCUCCGCUCAUUCCUACGCUGAACACAAUAGUGCAGUACUUGGACCUUACCCCAAAUCAGGAAUAUUUGGUAGAAAGGAUCAAAGAGCUUUCCCAAGGUGGAUGCAUGAGUUCCUUCAGGUGGAAUCGAGGGGGAGACUUCAAAGCACGCAGAUGGGAUACUGAUUUACCAACUGACUCUGGAAUCCUUAUGCAUGUAUUCUGCACAUAUCUUGAUGCCAGGCUUCCUCCGCAUCCAAAAUAUCCCGAUGGGAAAACUUUUACCUCCCAGCAUUUCAUUCAAACACCUGAUAAACCAGAUAUUUCAAACGAGAAUUUGUUUUGCAUCUAUCAGAGCAGCAUCAACCCUCCCCAUUAUGAACUGAUUUAUCAACAACAAGUAUACAAUCUCCCUAAGGGCAGAAACAACUUGUUCCACACCUUGCUCAUGUUCCUGUACAUCAUAAAGACUAAAGAAUCUGGGAUGCUGGGGCGGGUAAACCUUGGCUUAUCUGGUGUGAAUGUUCUGUGGAUUUUUGGAGACUAAUUGAUUUGCCAGCCAUGAAGUCUAACUACCAGAGGAGAAAUCCUUCCCCAGGAAGAGGAUUUAGCAGUGAGAUUGCACUGCCUUGAUUUGUCACUGGGAUAUAAAGAGAGAGGUGUUUCGGUUUUUUUACAAAAGAACAACGUGGACUAGUAAAAGAUAUUUCAGUGCUGUUUCUGUGCACAGGUUUAAAUAGAAGGAAAGUUUAAUCCUUUCUAGAUGAACUGAAUUGCCCUUUUGAAGACUUGGAUUCUCCUUGAUGAGAAGCAAGCAAGACCAGAAGAUCACUAGAUCUGGUUUGCCAUACUCCAUUGAUCAGGAUCCCAAGCUCAGAAAUAAUACUGUUGAACUAAAUUCGGAGUGCCCAAACGUGCUGUUGAUGAUUGCUUUUGUACAACUAGAAUUUUAAAUAGUAGCCCUAGCAUACCCUAAAAAUCAAAAGGUUAUACUAAAAUCAGGAUUCUGUGCAGUUCUGGUUCUCCUCCUCACAAAGGUAUGUGCCUUACAUUGCUAGCACAGAAAUGUUUUAACACGUUUUCUUACUCUGUAUGUCUGCAUGGUUUUAUGUGGAAGUAUUACAGUUAUUCCCAUAGCAGAAA